AUGACCAAUUUGAUGCUUACUGUGGAGAACAUGGGUGAAGCAGUGGUUACUGCUGGCUAUCUUGUAAAAAGGUGUCUCUCUAGUGCAAUAGAGUUGAAAACCCAUGAGGAGAAUUGGUUAGGAAGACCACCAGAUUUGUCAAACCUAAGAGUGUUUGGGUAUGCAUCUUAUGCACAGCAAAGUGUAGGAAAACUUGAACCAAGAGCUAUUGAGCGUAUGUUUCUAGGCUAUCAAGAGGGAACUAAAGGUUAUAGAUUAUGGGUUAGAGAGCAAGGAGGUUUUAAGAUCCUAAUUAGCAGGGAUGUGAUAUUUCAUGCGAUUGAAUUUCCAUGUUUAUCUAAGAGUUACCCUAACAGUAAAGAUGCAGGAACUUUUAACCCUACAUGUGUUCACAUAGAAACACAAUAG